AUGUACACUGUACUAGACCCCACUAAACGCGAAGUCCGCCUCCUCAGGCUGCUCGCCGGUAACAAGGCGGACGGUAUCAUCUGUAAACUCCACACGACAUCCUUGGACAGCCCCGAUGGCUAUGAAGCUCUUUCAUAUGUAUGGGGUGACUCGAGCGACACACGCACCAUUACAGUUCAACAGACGGUCAAAAAUGUCACCGUGAACCUCGAGGCGGCGCUGCGCCAUCUUCGAUAUCCUGACCGAGCACGCAUGCUCUGGGUGGACGUUCUCUGCAUCGAUCAGGAGAAUGUCCAGGAGCGUAAUCAGCAAGUCCGAUGGAUGAGUGACAUUUACUCAAGCGCAACCCAAGUCGUGGUAUGGCUCGGUCCAGCGACGUCGGUGGGAUUCAAAGCUAUGGCUAUUAUCGAAAAAUAUGCCGCCGACAGCGAGUUGCACUGGCCAGAUCUAAAGCACGAUCUCGUUCAGUUGUUUCAGAUGUAUCAUUUUCUCCACAACGAAUGGUGGUCGCGCGUUUGGACGGUCCAAGAGGCUGUUCUUGCAAGACAAGUGACAUACCAGUACGGCCCGCGGCUGCUAUCGGAGUCCGAUCUGCUCAAAGCAGCAGCAAGCUACAGGAAUCACGUAUUUGUAAGACGUUGCUGCUAUUCCGCCCUCGAAAGAAACAAAUCACUCAUUACUACCACCGCCAACAUCACUGUUGGAAUGGAAACGCUGCUGGACUUGGCCAGUAUUCGAGCCAACCUGCAGAAAGAGAAAUUGCGGUUCGACGAGGUGAUUGCGAAAUUUCGUACGAGAAGAGCAACAGACCCCCGCGACAAAGUCUUUGGGUGGUUAGGCAUAUCGCGAGGCGUCAGAACGGCUUCGAUCGACUACGCCCUCACUGCUGCUCAAGUCUUCGAGGCGACGACGCGGGAGAUUAUGAGCUACUGCAAGAACCUGGAUAUUCUCAGCCACUGCGCAAAUCAAGCUUAUCGGGAGACAACAACUGCCGGGCUUCCUUCUUGGGUUCCAGAUUGGGGGGCCGAAUACCACCCAAACGACGGCCUGUCUGGUGAUUUCUAUCUGACCACCCAUCGUCUUGCUUUUCUAGACGUCUACAAUGCCUGCGGGAAGCUUACUUAUACACCCUGUUCCAACUUCGAAGAGAACAUUCUCUGCUUACAAGGGGUGCUUUGCGCUAGGAUUGAGAAAGCCGGGCGCUUGGAAAGAAUUCUCAUGGCUGAAACGGGCCCCGAGUACCUCUUUGAGUGGUGGGAGAUGCUGAACGUCGACGGGAACCCCAACCGGCCAUACCGCGGAGGGGGUACCAUUUCAGACGCAUUUUGGCGUUCAUGA